AUGAAACCCCUCAGCUUCCCUGAUAUCAUCAUAGGUAUCGGCAUAUUUUUGUCCGUCGGUGUGGAGGCAAGCCUGGCUGAUCGUAACUCUACGAAGUGGAACGAAGCCAUUGGAAAAGCCGAAAUUCUCGUCUCCAAGCUCAAUCUCACUGAAAAGGCGACGUUCGUGACGGGCAAACUGCCCAUUGGCGGUGCUCCAUGCAUUGGCAACAUCCUACCCAUCAACCAUGCCGACUUUAAGGAAAUUUGCAUGCAAGACGGGCCCAAUGGGAUCAACAUUGCAGAUCUUGUCAGCGUUUUUCCAGCUGGACUAACAGUAGCUGCCAGUUGGGACAAAGACCUGAUGUUUCAGCGGGCCAAGGCCAUCGGUCAGGAGUUCAGGGGCAAGGGAAUAAACAUCGCUCUAGGGCAUGCACUCGGCGGUCGCAACUGGGAGGGCUUUUCGGUGGACCCUUACUUGUCAGGUGUCGCCAUGGAGCAGACUGUCCUCGGAAUCCAGUCGAUGGGUGUUCAGACUUGCUCGAAGCAUUUCCUUGCCAAUGAGCAAGAACUUCAGCGAACUUACACAAUAGUGGACGGCAAGCGGAUCGAGGGAAUAUCAUCCAACGUUGACGAUCGAACCAUCCGCGAACUCUACGCUUGA